AUGUGUAGCAGACUUUCCAACUUCUUAGAGGAGAUCCAGAAUCUACACCCAGCACCAGCAGUAGAAGAGCAAGGUGAAGAGUCAGGUGAGGAACACCUGGCAGCAGCACCAGCAGUAGAACGGCAAGAAGAAGAGUCAGGUGAGAAACACCUCAAAGCAGUACCAGCAGUAGAAGGGCAAAGUGAAGAGUCCGGUGAAGAACACCUGGCAGCAGCAGCAGCAGUAGAAGGGCAAGGUGAAGAGUCAGGUGAGGAACACCUCAAAGCAGUACCAGCAGUAGAACAGCAAGGUGAAGAGUCAGGUGAGGAACACCUAGCAGCAGCACCAGCAGUAGAAGGGCAAGGUGAAGAGUCAGGUGAGGAACACCUGGCAGCAGUACCAGCAGUAGAAGGGCAAGGUGAAGAGUCAGGUGUGGAACACCUGGCAGCAGCACCAGCAGUAGAUGGGCAAGGUGAAGAGUCAGGUGAGGAACACCUGGCAGCAGCACCAGCAGUAGAAUGGCAAGGUGAAGAGUCAGGUGAGGAACACCUGGCAGCAGCACCAGCAGUAGAACGGCAAGGAGAAAAGUCAGGUGAGGAACAUCUGGCAGCAGCACCAGCAGUAGAAAGGCAAGGUGAAGCAUCAGGUGAGGAACACCUGGCAGCAGCACCAGCAGUAGAAGGGCAAGGUGAAGAGUCAGGUGAGGAACACCUGGCAGCAGUACCAGCAGUAGAAGUGCAAGGUGAAGAGUCAGGUGAGGAACACCUCAAAGCAGUACCAGCAGUAGAAGGGCAAGGUGAAGAGUCCGGUGAGGAACACCUGGCAGCAGCAUCAGUAGAAGGGCAAGGUGAAGAGUCAGGUGAGGAACACCUGGCAGCAGCACCAGCAGUAGAAGGGCAAGGUAAAGAGACAGGUGAGGAACACCUGGCAGCAGUACCAGCAGUAGAACAGCAAGGUGAAGAGUCAGGUGAGGAACACUUGGCAGCAGCACCAGCAGUAGAAUGGCAAGGUGAAGAGUCAGGUGAGGAACACCUGGCAGCAGUACCAGCAGUAGAAGGGCAAGGUGAAGAGUCAGGUGAAGAACACCUGGCAGCAGUACCAGCAGUAGAACGGCAAGGUGAAGAGUCAGGUGAGGAACACCUGGCAGCAGUACCAGCAGUAGAACGGCAAGGUGAAGAGUCAGGUGAGGAACACCUGGCAGCAGCAGCAGCAGCAGUAGAAGGGCAAGGUGAAGUGUCAGGUGUGGGACACCUGGCAGCAGUACCAGCAGUAGAACGGCAAGGUGAAGAGUCAGGUAAGGAACACCUGGCAGCAGUACCAGCAGUAGAAGGGCAAGGUGAAGAGUCAGGUGAGGAACACCUGGCAGCAGUACAAGCAGUAGAAGGGCAAGGUGAAGAGUCAGGUGAGGAACACCUGGCAGCAGUACCAGCAGUAGAAUGGCAAGGUGAAGAGUCAGGUGAGGAACACCUGGCAGUAGCAGCAGCAGUAGAAGGGCAAGGUGAAGAGUCAGGUGUGGAACACCUCAAAGCAGUACCAGCAGUAGAACAGCAAGGUGAAGAGUCAGGUGUAGAACACCUUGCAGCAGUACCAGCAGUAGAAUGGCAAGGUGAAGAGUCAGGUCUGGAACACCUGGCAGCAGUACCAGCAGUAGAAGGGCAAGGUGAAGAGUCAGGUGAGGAACACCUGGCAGCAGUACCAGCAGUAGAAGGGCAAGGUGAAGAGUCAGGUGAGGAAAACCUGGCAGCAGUACCAGCAGUAGAACGGCAAGGUGAAGUGUCAGGUGAGGAACAUCUGGCAGCAGCACCAGCAGUAGAAGGGCAAGGUGAAGAGUCAGGUGAGGAACACCUGGCAGCAGUACCAGCAGUAGAAGGGCAAGGUGAAGAGUCAGGUGAGGAACACCUGGCAGCAGUACCAACAGUAGGAGGGCAAGGUGAAGAGUCAGGUGUGGAACACCUGGCAGCAGUACCAGCAGUAGAACAGCAAGGUGAAGAGUCAGGUGAGGAACACCUGGCAGCAGCACCAGCAGUAGAAGGGCAAGGUGAAGAGUCAGGUGAGGAACACCUGGCAGCAGUACCAGCAGUAGAAGGGCAAGGUGAAGAGUCAGGUGAGGAACACCUGGCAGCAGCACCAGCAGUAGAAGGGCAAGGCGAAGAGUCAGGUGAGGAACACCUCAAAGCAGUACCAGCAGUAGAAGGGCAAGGUGAAGAGUCAGGUGAGGAACACCUGGCAGCAGCAGUAGAAGGGCAACGUGAAGCUUCAGGUGAGGAACACCUGGCAGCAGCACCAGCAGUAGAAGGGCAAGGUAAAGAAUCAGGUGAGGAACACCAAGCAGCAGUACCAGUAGUAGAAUGGCAAGGUGAAGCUUCAGGUGAGGAACACCUGGCAGCAGCACCAGCAGUAGAAGUGCAAGGUGAAGAGUCAGGUGAGGAACACCUCAAAGCAGUACCAGCAGUAGAACGGCAAGGUGAAGAGUCAGGUGAGGAACACCUGGCAGCAGCACCAGCGGUAGAAGAGCAAGGUGACAUGUCAGGUGAGGAAUACCUGGCAGCAGCACCAGCAGGAGAAAGGCAAGGUGAAGCUUCAGGUGAGGAACACCUGGCAGCAGCACCAGCAGUAGAAGGGCAAGGUGAAGAGUCAGGUGAGGAACACCUGGCAGAAGUACCAGUAGUAGAAGGGCAAGGUGAAGAGUCAGGUGAGGAACACCUGUCAGCAGUGCCAGCAGUAGAAUGGCAAGGUGAAGAGUCAGGUGAGGAACACCUGGCAGCAGCACCAGCAGUAGAAGGGCAAGGUGAAGAGUCAGCAGAGGAACACCUGGCAGCAGCACCAGUAGUAGAAGGGCAAGGUGAAGCAUCAGGUGAGGAACACCUGGCAGCAGCACCAACAGUAGAAGGGCAAGGUGAAGCAUUUGAUCCAUCAGUGUAA